AUGAAGAGAAUAUUCAAUUAAGAAGAGUCAUUAGGAGAGUACUUCGUAUUGCCGACUAAAAAUCUUAAACUCUCAUUGAAGUCACAGCCUAUGAAUUCAAUUUAAGUACUUAAGGAUUAGGAUAUUGCAAUCAUUAACUCAGGCCAGAAGGUUUUAAUCUUUAAGCUUUACCAAGGAUUAAUCAAUGGAGACUCAGGCCUUAUAGAAUGCUAUAAUAGUCUCGAUCUGAUGAAAAUCUCUAAUUUUAAAAUUCAUUUUAAUAAGAGUGGUGGGCAUUAGCAUCCAAAAUAUAUGCAGCUUGUGAUGGAUUCAAAUUUAUAAGAGAGCAAUAUAGACAAUGUACCCUUGAUCAAGAAAAUUCAUUUUCUCAAUAGAAACUAAGAGAUAUCUUAUCGUGAUUAAAAAUUAAAAGAAUAAAGACUUUUAGAUAAGGGUUUUUGCAUGCUUCUCCAAAAUGGGCAAUGUGUCAUCUCUUAAAAUAAGAAUGAAAAGGCUUACCUUAACGACGAAUUAUGGAAUCCUAAUUAUCAAUAUUUAGUGAUAUUCGAUGUAGAAUCAGAAAUAUUCAAGAAAAAGUUCUUAGAUCUCAUAGAUAAUCAUGAAAUAUUCGUUUCUUUUAACUUAUUGGCAGUAAAAUUGUACAAUUCAGAAGCAUUUAUAUUUCUUACUUCAGAGAACUACUUAAUGCUCUUUAAGGAGGACAAACUUAUAUUUGCAUUCUAAUUCAAAUCAGAUUUAAGAAGAUAAGUUACUGGUAAAAACUAUUUAUAAAAUUCAUUUGAAGCAUCUGAUAAUUUCGUUAAGUAAAGUUCAAAAAUUCUAUACAAAGUCAAAUCUAUACUUUCCCCCAUUACUGUUAUUAAUAAAUUAGAUUAAGAAAAUAACUAAAUUAGAGUACUGGCAACAACUCUUGAUAAUUAAAAUAUCUAUUUGGCUUUUGAUCCAAUAAAUAAAGAAAUGAGAGAACUUAAAAUAGUACUCAAUAAAUUAGCCAUUAAUAGUUUCUAACUUAAUAAAGUAUCCUCAAUACAAAUUGGAGAUCUAGCCUUAGUAUCUUUGAUCUUAUGUUUGCUAUUGACAAACAGAUUAUUAAAUUUGAAUAUUUGGUCAACCUUAUGA